AUGGCCUCGGACGCACAGAAGACGGUGCCCGUUAUUCCGGGAGGCGUUUACGUGGUUGAAAAGGAGAUAGGGAAGGGCUCCUUUGCAGUGGUUUACAGAGGCCACUUCGCGAGGGAUGCCCACCGGCAGAUCGCGAUCAAGGCUGUUUCGCGGUCCAAGCUGAAGAACAGGAAGCUGCUAGAGAAUCUGGAGGUGGAGAUCGCCAUACUUAAGAAGAUAAAACAUCCGCAUAUCGUCGGACUUGUGGACUGCGAACGGACAGGCACGGAUUUCUACCUGAUCAUGGAGUACUGCGCCCUGGGUGACCUGACGUUCCUCAUAAAGAAGCGCAAAGAGCUGGUGAAGAACCACCCGUUGCUCAGGAAAGUGUUUGAGAAGUACCCACCACCAAACGAGAACAGGAACGGACUACACAGCGCAUUUAUACUUAACUACUUGCAACAGCUUGCCUGCUCGUUGAAGUUUUUAAGGUCCAAGAAUCUGGUCCAUAGAGACAUCAAACCGCAAAACUUGUUGCUCUCGACUCCACUGCUAGACUACACAGACCCAGCAUCUUUCCACAAGCUGGGGUAUAUCGGCAUCUAUAACCUGCCGAUAUUGAAGAUUGCAGACUUCGGGUUUGCCAGGUUUUUACCAAGUUCAUCGUUGGCAGAAACGCUGUGCGGGUCCCCGCUCUACAUGGCUCCAGAGAUUCUCAACUACCAGAAAUACAACGCGAAGGCAGAUCUGUGGUCUGUGGGGACAGUGCUAUACGAAAUGUGCUGCGGACACCCGCCCUUCAAAGCUUCCAACCAUCUCGAAUUAUUCAAAAAGAUCAAGAGGGCAAACAACGUCAUAAAUUUCCCAGAGUACUUUACAACGGGGGACACACAGCUCGAUGAGGACUUAAAGAGCCUCAUAUGCCAGCUGCUCACGUUCGACCCGCAGGAUAGGACUUCGUUCGACACUUUCUUCGAUAAUAAGCUCGUCAAUAUGGACCUGUCGUGCUACGAACUGGUCGACGAUAUUUCGGUGGAACUGGAGAACAGGUCGAAGGACAUACGGGAAAGCAACAUGUUUAUAUCCGAGUAUCUCCCCACAGCACAUAAACACGACCACCGUACUGCUCUGCCUCAGCAACAGAUAACACCGACAGCAGCAGAAGUGGCGGCAAAGGGCAACGUGAAGACAAACCCCACAAAACCGGUUAGGACCCCAUCUUUAUUGGCAACAGACAAGAGGAUGGUGAGGCCGACAGUACAACACAAGACACAAUCCACCAACAGCGACUUGAUGCUCGAAAAGGAGUACGUUGUCAUCGAGAAGAAAACGGUAGAAAUAAACGAGCUAGCUGACGAGAUUGCACAUAUAGGGACUGCAGACACCGCGACUACAGCAAUCAAUGUGAAUAACGCGGUAAGAGGUUCCCCCGUGGCCAAUAGACCAUUGGAAAGAACGCCAAAGGUACAAAGAAGUCCAAAGCAUGCUGCCAGUCGCCGCGCGUCGUCCGUGGAUCGCAGAGUAUCGAUUUCAUCGUUGAACCCAUCUAAUGCACUCUCGCGGGCUCUAGGGAUAGCAUCAACGCGGUUAUUCGGAACCACCGGUGGGCAUAGCGGGAUUCCUGACUCAUUGGCUAAAUCGCCUCACGAGCAAGCACCAAGGUCACUGCUUAGCGCACAACUGUUCCAAGACCUCACAGAGAAUAUUGUUUUGAAAACUGAGGAAGCACAGCAGGGGGAGCCCUCUGCAGAGAAUGGUAUCAUUAAAGAUAGAGAUACAAUAGUGCAUUUCUUGGAACUCCUCGCUGCGAAGGCGUUUGUCGUUUACUCCUAUGCGGAGGUAAAAUUUGCGCAAAUUGUGCCUCUGCAGGGCGAACUCAACAAAAGACUGAGCACCGGGAGCUGCGCCGUGGAAGAGGAGGAAUGCGACGAUACAAUUGACGAUGGGCUCCGGAAUAGGGCCAAUGGACAACGGAGAUCUAAUUCGCGGUCGUCCAGUAACCUCAUGCAGUUGAACACCGACUUGGUCAUGAACGAGGGGUCUGCCCUCGUCUGUAAGGAGGCUAUCACAUUAUAUCUCAAAUCGCUGGAAUUGCUGGGUUACUCGAUGCAAAUAACAUCAAACUGGUGGUACAAUUCAAACGAAAAUGUGUGCUCGUUGAGACUGAAUUUACUGGUCCAGUGGGUUAGAGAAAGAUUUAAUGAGUGUUUGGAGAAGGCAGAAUUUUUAAGACUAAAGCUAUUCGAGUGUGAUAACGAAGGUAUGGGGAAGGCAGAGACGGUUCACACUACAGAGGCACAGGACCAUCAACCCACACAAGAGGACAAGGACAAUGAAGUGUUCGUUGAAAAAUUACUGUAUGACAGGGCGUUGGAAAUCUCCAAGUCGGCAGCCAAGAUGGAAUUGAAUGGCGACAACUUGAACGGUUGUGAACUCUCAUACGCGACCUCCAUUUGGAUGCUUCAAACUGCUCUCGAUAAUGAAAGUAGCGCCAGUUUGCUAGAUGAACAAGAUCGUAAAGUCAUCAAAAAAUACAUCAAUAGUAUCAGGAACAGACUGCAAUCGCUAAGACAAAAACUGAGUCGCAAUUCUUAA